CAACACAUUCGCCUGACUAUAAAUAAAUACAAAUUUAACAAAUUGAUGUCAGUAGUAAUUCGGAUUUUGAAAUUAUACGUGCUGAAUUUUCAACUUUAUUUGGAAUUAUGAAGUCUCUAACUCUGCUUCUUAAAAUAUCCAUUUUUGUUGUAUUGCUGUUAUCUCAAAUGGCAACUGCUCAAGGACCUGGAGGUCAAGCUGGAGCCGGUGCCGGUGCCGGUGCUCAAAUGGGUGUUGGCUUUGGCGCAGGUGCUGGAACAGGAGCAGGUACUGAUGGAACACCCGGUGGUCAAGGCAGUGCUGGAGUAGGAAUGAAUGUGGGUAUGGGUGCAGGAAUGGGUGGUGGAGCUGGUGGCCAUUAAAUGUACCAAGGAAUUUACAAUUGAAUUACGAUAAUAAAAAUAAAUUCAGAAACUUUAAAUAAUACAUGGUAAUAGAACAGGGGAAACGAUUUCCAGUUGUAUAUCUU